GAUUAUUGCCCCAGUAGGGCAGACCGCAAGUCCAGACAGCAUGUGUUCAAAUAUUUUUAGAAAAUAUCCUAUUUUCUUCCUCUUUUGGGUUCCUGAUUGGACUGAUUCACUAAAAAGUUGAUGCUUUCGUUGUGUUUAUGUUUGUGUGCAGGUAUUCACUAAUAUUCACGCUGGGAAUCACACAAACACAUUAGGAAUCUUAGUGUUUAUUUGGGUAAAUCGUAUCGAUUGCACACAUAUUUUUCUGCCAACUAAGUGAAACAGAAGCUUCAGUUUAUCAAAUAUAUUUUGCUAUUUUGAUAGUUCGGUCAUUAAGUUUCGAACGGAAAGAAGAGUCUGGGCACAAAAGCUGAAGGUUUUCACGAAUACCUAACAUCAUUCACUGUAAGGAAGUUAUUAAAGUUAAUUAGAUCACUUCUUAAGGCAUUCACUCUAUCAGAAAGAAAAGCAAUCAUGUUCACUUCAACUAGCCCCAUAAAUAAUAACCUCAUGGUGCCCAGUACUGUAUCGUCUGCAUCAAGUGACAUUAUUAUUUCUUCAACUACUGGUGUUCCAGCUAAUUUCAACAGUCCCAUUGGCUCAUCAACUGCUCAACCAUCCGGAGUUACAUAUACAAAGGACCAUGAAGACAUUCAGUUUUCCAACACAACAUCUACAUGCUUGAAUCCUGUAGCAGACAUCUGUACCAAAGUAAUCAAUGAAGUUGAAGCAACCAAUAUAUUAGAUCCAAUUAACUCACAUCAGGUUGCCUCACUGGAAGCUGCUGUAGCAGCAGCAGCUGCGGCCUUGGUUGUCUCAUCGAAAACUUCUACAAUAAUAUCACCGGUUUCUACUUAUGGUGAUCCUGUUAACCACCCAGCUCACCUAACUGACUUGUCAACGAAAGAUGCUAGUUCUAAUGCUCACGUACAAGAUAAAACAGAAACGAGCUACUCAUUUACUUCAUCAAGCUCUUCUAUAACUCAGAAUCAUAAAGUUCCAUUAUUUUCCUUAUGUGGAGAUUUAAACUUGCCGCUGAUUACUUCAACUGCAAUCACAUCUAGUGCUUCUCCUUCAGUCACUAGUUCCAUCAUGAAUUCCGGAACAGCAGCCGGUUUAGCAGCUAAUCUGGUCAAUGUUGGACCUAAACGUCUCCAUGUGUCUAAUAUUCCAUUUAGAUUCAGAGAGGCAGACCUUCGUCAGCUUUUAGGACCAUUUGGUACAAUAUUGGAUGUAGAAAUUAUCUUCAAUGAACGUGGUUCCAAGGGUUUUGGUUUCGUCACAUUCGCAACGGGCGAAGAAGCUGAUCAUGCAAGAGAAAAUCUAAAUGGCACGGUAGUUGAAGGCAGAAAAAUUGAGAUUAAUAAUGCUACUGCACGGGUUAUGACAAAGAAAAAGUCUGAAUCACCUACACUCCUGAAAACAGCAACAACGCUUCGAGGUGUCAGAGCCCUUGUACCAAGUACGUCUUCGACAGCUGCGAUAGCUGCUGCUGCUGCUGCAUUGCGUGGUGCAGCAGGGAUUACAUGUGGAUUACCAGUAGUUUCAAUGCCAACACCCGGCAACCUAGCAUCCAUGGUUGUUGGUUCAGGACUUGGUGGACUAUUACAGAACCAAGCUUGUUUUGCAGCCACUAACCCAACACUCACAAAUAUAGCUGCUAUGCCUGCUGGUAAUACUUUUAAUGCGAAUCAAGCUUUAUUAGCAGCUGCGAUGGCAAGUGCUUCAGGAACACCCGUAAAUUACAAUCCUGCAGCUGCAGCUGCAUUCUGUUUAGCUGGAGCUGACCCAAACACCGCAGCUUUACUUGCUAGUUAUGCUGCUGCAGCGUUCGGAGGGAUUGGAAGUCCAAGUCCUGGAUGCCUUGGGACCAAUAAUGGGCCCGUUAGUGGAACUACACCAUCAACCGCCAUCCAAACGUUUGGAUCACCGUCUCAAGCACCCGGUUUGACAAAUUCCUUGGCUGCUAUGGCAAUGUUCCCCCAAACGGGAACUCUUUUAGGACCGAAUGGUCAUACACCACUGGUUCAGUGGUUUGAUCCUAGUUCAAAUAUGGGUGUUGAACUAGAGUUACAGCAUCGUAUCCAACAGCAACAGCAACAAAUUCAAGCAAACCAAAGGGCUCUAGCAGCGGCGGUAGCUGCUGGUUUUACUCCUGUAAGUCUUCCUGCCACGAAUACGAUCGAAAACUUGACGGGGUCGAUUUCAGGGAAUCCAGUUGGAUUGUGUGGAGCCUUUUCACCUUCUCAAGCAGCUGCAGCUGUAGCUGCAAAUAUGUUGAGGGCUUUCUCAAACUCAACGAAUUCGUUUAAUGCUACUAAUCUAACGUCUAACAGAUCUGUCACAAGCAACUCAAAUGUACUUGUUAGUUCAGCUUCCGGUUCUCAGAAUGCUACUGCUGUACAAAUUCAGGCAAAUGGUGCUCAUACCUCAAUUUCUGCCAGUCAAGUCGCAGUCAGUGGGUCAAAUACACCAGGAGUAGUCCAGGCCUCACUUUCUGGAACAAAUCAACCUGCAAUCGCUGCUGCAGCUGCGGCAGCUGCAGCUGUAGCUUCUCAACAUUUUCCCACACAAACAUCAGUUAGUCCAACAGUGAUGUCGUAAGUAUAUGGUUUCAAAUCAGGUGUUCGUUAUAUUGUUUAAAUGUCUUAUUAUUAUGCAGAUCAUUAGUUAACACUGAUUUGAAAGGUUUUGGUUCAAGGUUUACUGGUUUAUUUAUAUAUUCUCCAAUACCAGCAAUAUGAAGUAUGUUGUUUGAUCAACGAAUUGUAGUCUUUAAAUUCAGUCAGAUAGGCUGGAUCAAACCAAAAGAAGCAACAAAAGUUGAUGCUUAGUGGUUGUAGACUAUACUGGUUUGUGAAAGUAAAUUAUCUCAUCGUAAACCUAACUGCCAUCAUUUAUCAUUUGCAAAUACAAUAUAAUAAAAAUAUUACACCAAUUCUCGAUAUUCAACUAUAAAGUGAUACUGAUACCUUUCAAUGUCACAUUUUCUUGUUGAUUUUUGACAAAAUAGGGGUGUUUUUAAACGGCGACAUUAUUUGCUAACACAAUCUAUUGUCAGUUAUACAUUGGUUAAAAACUGAGUUGACUGAUUAGGCUUAUUUCCUAUUUCAUAACAGCUUUUACCCAUAACUGGUCCUCAGAACGUAAUUAGAACUAUCAGUCUGGGUGACCAAUCUGACACACAGAAGUUUUAUCAAGGACGUUUGAAUUAGGUUUCUGUUAAAGGCAUUUCCUACUCAUAUCUACUACUUUGAAAUUUUUAAAUCAUCGUUUUAUGAAAAUCCAAUUAGUGACAUCGAUUCCCACCUGUGGGAUUGUGGAUGAGCAUUGCUAAGGAAUCCCAUACUACGACAAAAAGGCCGUCUAGUGUUCCCAGGUUUUCACUGGUGGCCUAACAUUGAUCAGUUCAUAAUUUCAAUGAAAAUUGAAGGCUAUUAAACAUAUACUCUUUUACUACUUAUAGGAGGUGCAUCUGUGUAUCAAGUCGAAGCAAAGGUCAUGACUCUUCUACAGAUAAUGUCAUGUUGUUUAUUCUUAGUCCUACCUUCGGAAAAAUGUAAAAUAUUUAGGAAAUUGGUGAUACAGUGAUCCAAAUAAUGUCUUACUGAAACUCGUCACUUGGAACUCUACUGUUUUAUAACUCAUCAAAAGAGAAACUUUAUCUGAAGUUCAUUUUAUCAUGAGUGUGAUGCACUGACAUAUGUUAUUGUUUAAUGACCCAAAUGGUAGAAGAACAGUUUCAACUGUCAGGUUAUUUGCGCCACUAGAUUAUUUACCGGAUUUAAAUGCAGCAGCUGCCGCAGCAGCUAGUAUGGACCCUUAUCUAAAUAGACUUGCAGCGGGCUAUGCAAUAAACAAUGCAGUGGUCACUACACCUGCAAUAUAUCGAACUAACUCAAGCUAUCAACGUUUCUCGCCUUAUUAAAAUCGAAUGUACUUCCAUCAGCCUUUGUUCGUUUUCGUUAUAUAGCUAGCCUUAUUAGGUGGAAUGCACUUCUGCUAAUAUUGAUUAUUAGUUGUAAAGCUCAUUUUAUACAGUUAUAAUCAUCUGCUCGUGUUUAUUUGCCCUUAUUUAUUUCCUGUUAGUUUUGGUGUGCAUUGCUCGUCUAAAGAAAUUGAUUCGACGCAUAAAUAGGAUAGAUUGACGUGCUUACAAAAUGCAGUAAUUUAUUCUCCCUUUGAGAUUGGGGGUCUUUUUUUACCUACCGUGAUUGAUUGGUAUUAUUAGGUUAUGCUGAAUAUCCAGAAUGUGUGGAAAGGAAGGUACAUAUGAAAAAUCAAAGUAUAUCGGAGGCAAUUUCUUGUGAAUGUAAUAUAUGAAAUGCACAAAGCAACACCUGUUGCUUGUCCGUCUACUCAGUUUGCUUGCAUAUCUUACUGUUGAGAGUUGAUAACUUCCAACUAAACAAAAAGUACACAUUUCAGGUACUUUUUGUUUAGUGUUAAGUACAUCUUUGUGUUUGGUGCAUGCACUCCAAUUUUGAAAUGUGACUGAUUAUUGCUACUGUUGCCACUUUCUGCUACUUCUAAUACUGUUUGUGUAUAUCACUUUACAAGUAUGUGCUCAUGUAUGUCUACUUAUGUUUUUAUACAUAAAAUUUAAAUUCUGUUUUUGAUGAUGACAGUGAUGGUACGGAUUUUAGUUUCUUUUGUUAUCUCUUAAAAUUCUAAUAAUUUGCAUUUAAAAACAUGCACAUGCCUGGUGGGAUAAAAUAACUUUCCUAUCUCUUAUUCUCUUCAUUUUCUAACACCUACCUAUUUUUGUUAUUAUUUCUACUGAAAUAAUCAAAUACGCUGAAUGCCUAAACAUUUACUAAUGAUGCCUUGUUAUAUAUGCUUUCUGCAAUAAAUAAAUAAGGUAACAUUUUUCUCCAAGAAAGGCAGAGUUGUGUAUACGUCUAUUUUGUUUUGAUUGAAAUGAGUUGAGUGAAAUAUAGGUUUCUUCUGCUCCAUUUAUUCGUUCGUUAGUUGGUUUGUUGAUCUGUUUGCUUUUGUCAAACUUAACUAGUAAUUUUAAUAGUAUUAUGAGAUUUAUAUGCUAUUUAUAAUCAAGCAUGUGAUAUGUUUUAACCAGUAACCAUAUAAUGUUAAACCAACAAAUAUCUUUGUAGCAUUUUGAUUCUCGUAUUCUCAUACAUACGUGUUUUCGAAGUGUACCUAUCAGUUCACUUGACGUCUGUGAAAGUUUGUUACCAUUUCUCUUUAUUAUGUUGAGAAACAUCAUUCUUAUUUGAGUGGUUUGUUUUAUAUUUUCUUUGAAGGUAUAAUCUAUAGUAUUUUUAUUAUUAUUUGUCUUCUUUGACUACUAUUGUACUACAUCAAUGUUCUACGCUACAUAUUAUUUCAUACAUUGUAUUUUCCUCAUAAUUAUUAUUUAUUAGUGACUGAAAAAUUUCUUUAUAACUGCAAUUUUUUUACUUUUUAAAUGAGUUGUGAUUACUUCAUUGUCCAAGUCUUUUCCUUUUUGUUUCUAUAUCUACUUAUCUUUAUUUCAGUAAACAAAAAAAAUGAAAUAAAAUUAAUUCACUUAUCC